AGAAUAAAGUCCGUGCCGGUAACCGUGGUAUAAGUACGGUGACUACGGUUCAUAUAGGGUUUAUGGUAUUCUGUGAACGGAAAUCAGCAAUCUUUUUCGCGGCCAUCGUGCAUUUUUUCCUCCACGCCCGUCGAGUGGUUUUUGCAUAUAGUCGUCCGUCUUCCGCGAGUGUGUAUUAAUAAUGGUGUGCAGAGUGGUUCAAAUAGUCCAAUGAAUUCCAGUGGAAUAAGUUGUAUACCUACGUAUAUUUGUAAGCCUAAUUUCCGGUCAGGUAAAACGCUUCGCUUAUUUUCCGAGGAUUACGAGCAAAGUGCGGUUCGUCAAGGUAAAGCUCCGUAUCCACUACACCGGGCAGAAACGAAAACACGUAGCGGUGGCGGAGGAGGAGGCGGUGGUGGCGGCGGCGGCGUCGGAGGCGGUGUUGACGGCGGCGGCGGCGUCGGUGGUGAAUACGACUACUGCUGCGACGACGACGACGACGACGGCAGCAGCUGCUACGGCGGCGUCGAUAGUGGCGGCGGAAGUAGCGGAAACGAUGGUGGCGGCGACGUGGACGGCCAUGGCCACUGCGGUUAGUGCCUAGCCCGCUGUGGAGAGACAUCAUGGAGACGAGAAUGGCGGCCGCGUAAUGAACGCGCUCGCGGCUCGGGCGGCGUUGUCUGCACUGUACACCGCGUCCACGUCGUCCUCACUCGAGGCGGCGGGAGCCCAUGCGUGGACGACGGUGGCGUCGGCGGCAGCCGCGGCCGUCGUCUCGAACGGCACCGCCGCCGGUGGUUCGGCCAACGGCGGACCGCUGCAGCCCAGGUUCACGCUGUCGCAGACGGUGUUCAUCGCGCUCGUGUCCGGCAUGCUCAGCUUCGUCACCGUGUCCGGCAACAUAAUGGUCAUGGUGUCGUUCAAGAUCGACAAGCAGCUGCAGAACAUCAGCAACUACUUCCUGUUCAGCCUGGCCAUGGCCGACUUCUUCAUCGGGCUCAUAUCCAUGCCGCUGUUCACCGUGUACACCAUACUGGGGUACUGGCCGUUCGGCCGGCACGUGUGCGACGGCUGGCUGGCGCUCGACUACUUGGCCAGCAACGCUUCCGUGCUCAACUUGCUGCUGAUCAGCUUCGACAGGUACCUGUCCGUCACCAGGCCGCUGACGUACAGGGCCAAGCGGACCAAAGGCAAAGCGUUGAUGUUCAUAUCGGCUGCCUGGAUCAUUUCGCUCGGCUUAUGGCCACCAUGGAUUUAUCUGUGGCCGAUCAUAGAAGGUCGUCGGACCGUGCCCGAAAUUCAGUGUUAUAUACAGUUCAUACUGACCAAUCAGUACAUUACUUUUGGUACGGCCAUUGCUGCUUUUUACGUACCGGUAACAGUGAUGUGUUUUCUGUAUUUCCGUAUAUACAGAGAGACAAAAAAGAGACAAAAAGACUUGCCGAAUCUGCAAGCCAUGAAUAAAGCACACAACGAUCAUCAACACGAGGAAACGUGGUGUCGCAUACGGUCCGAGUCGAAUCAAGCGAAUUCAUUGGAUCGGCGGGAAUUGUAUGAAACCAGUUCAUUGCGCAAAGCGUACUCUCAGUGUUCAUUGAAAGCGAGGCGCCUGCUGACGUGGUCGUGGCUGCGCGAUUGGUGCGUGGACUGGUGGCACUCAGGCCGCGACGACGAUUACGAUGAGGAAGACGACCAGACGCCCAGCGACGUGCCGGGGGGCAUAAGCUACGGUACUACCGUGUCCAGGUCGACGUCGUUGAACGUGAUACAUCAACAGCAGCCCACAACGCCGACGCCGAUAAAAUCGUAUCACGCGGUCAACAAUAACAACCGACUGACCCGCCGAUCUUUGUCCAGCGAUUCGGUGUACACGAUCGUGAUAAAGUUGCCGGGCGACAGCGACCUGCAAGACGCGCCGACAGUGAGACAGUAUCACGGGUGUUACGAGGAGACGCGCGCGGCAAACUGCAGGAUGACACCGUCGCAGCCGGACGUCCGGCUGCCGCUGAUGAAGAUCGUGCAUCAGAAGCAGCUGAACAACCCCAGGGCGCAGGGAGCCGCGCUCCAGGCGAAGGAAAAAAAGAAGAAAAAAUUCCAGGAGAAGAAGAGCGAACGGAAGGCGGCCAAAACGCUGUCGGCCAUACUGCUGACGUUCAUCAUCACGUGGACGCCCUACAACAUACUGGUGCUGCUGAAACCGUUCACGGCGCCCACGGGGGGUGACGACGGGGCCGGCGGCGGCCACGAGGUCGACAGCAACAAGGAGUGGGUGACGAAGGGCAUGUGGGACUUUUUCUAUUACCUAUGCUACAUCAACAGCACCAUCAACCCGGUGUGCUACGCCCUGUGCAACGCCACUUUCCGCAUGACCUACGUCCGGAUACUCAAGUGCAAGUGGAACACUCGCAGGCAGCCGCCGCACUUCCGUGCGUGAUGACCGACCUGCACCGACCGGCCGCGGUUACCGCGCAUAUAUGUUUAUAUAAUAUAUUACUUAUAUAUAUAUAUAUAUAAACACACACUGUUGUUUUCGGGUUUUUUCUCGUAAAGUGGCCCUUCCCCCCCUACCCUCCGACAAACGGGAGGCCUGUCGUACGAUUGAGCACACGUUGAUUAUGUAUAUAUACCAAUGGAAUGGCUGCCAAUACCGGAAAAACAAUAAUAUUCAUAAUAUAUGAUUUAGUACAAUUUCGUUAACAACGUUCGUUCCCAUUGUGUUAAUUUUUUUUGAAAAUUACCGAUGUACAUUAUAAUAUACCGGAACCAUAUAAUAUGAAAAAAAGAAUUAUUUGAAUAUUUGAAAACACGAAACAAAAAUAUUUUGAAAGUCCGAUAAUCGAUGAAUUUCAAAUAAAUCAAUAAUUCAUUCAUUUUCAACGUUUACUAGACGUGUAUUUGGCCACGGUGAACAUAUUAUAUCACAUAAAUUUCCAAUAUGUUGAGAGUAUGAUUUUAUUGAGUACCUACUUGAGUCAUUUAUAGUUUUCGUUUCAAUAAUUUUGGUUGUAUUAUGAAUAAAAAAAAUGCGUGUUAAAUUGUACAUACGUAACACUUAAAAAGUAGCUUGAAAAUAAAAGUGUGCUUAAUCGUAUUUUACCCGUGUGAGGUUACAUUACGGAUUUGCCUCAUUUACCGUGGGGGUAUAUUAUACUUAUUAUAUUAUUAUGAGGGGGCAACCUCAAACUACCAUGUGCUGAAAAAUUGUCAGAAAACUUGUCAGUAUAGUGUAUUUCUUUGGUACUGUAGGGUGUGCAGCAGAAAGAAACGAGGGAGCAAGUGGGCCACGAGAUAAAAAAUACAAAAACUUUUAGAAAAAAAAACUAAAAAUAAAAUUAAUAUAAUGAUUUUAAGACUGUUCGCGGGAUCCACAUGGUUAUCCCGGCACAAGUGUGUAUUUUAUAAAUUUAAUAUACCUAUGUAGGCAAACGUGCGUUUAACAUUUAGCGUUAAUAUAUAUAUUUCUAUAUAUUAUAUAUUAUAUUUAUAGGUGAAAUGUACAUGGAAAUCAGUGGCGUACUAUACGAGGAGGGCUCUAAUGAAGCAGACGAGACUGGCUCCAUAGCACUUUUUAAUUCUCUGUGUAGGUACUUUCCCGAUACUUGCAAUUUAACGAUAAGGAAUAAUCAUCUUUAUAAAUACUAUAUUUCAUAAUAUAUUAAAACAUUAUUUAUAAAAAUAAAAUUACCUAUUAUCUAAAGUAUCGUUUCAAUAAAAUAUCAUCAUUAUCAUCAGUGCUUAUACUCUUGUCAAAAUCUAAGUACGCCACUGACUGUAAACGCGCGCGACCUUGUUUGUAUCGCUUUUCGCAGGCCCAUAUCCAUAAUAUAAUAAUAGUAAUAUAGUUAUAACAUUAUUAAUAGUAAUAACGAUAAUAGUAAUAAUAAUAAUCACGAACAAUAACGAUUGAAUAGGGACAUCAUAAAAGUUAUUCGAAAGAUAAUUCGAACAAUUCGUCUGCGAAGAAGCGUGUACGGGAAUUCAGCUAAAAUAUAUUUUGAGAACGUGUUCGAUAUCAUCAUUAUCAUCACUAUCAUUAUACAUCAUAGUAAAUAUAUGUUUGAAUAUUAAUUAUUUAGUGAUAUUUAUUAUUAAUGUACUGUCAGAGAAUGGAUGAGAUUUUGUUUUUUGAUUUUUUUAAAACAGUAAAAUGAACAUCUUGACUGAAAAAUUAAUUUUUUUAUUUUAUGCUAAAAAUUCAUUCACUUCAAUAUUAAAUUACAUUCAAACACGAUAAAUGUGAUUUACCAAUAUUAAAAUAUUAUAAUACAGAAUUUAGUGUCGUGUACAUUUAAUAUAGCGGGAACUUAUUAUUAAAUAACCAUCAUAAUAGUAUUCAUUUCAUAGUAUCAUCACUGACAGCGGGAAAAAAAUAAAUAGUAUUAAGUAUUGCAAAAAUAAAUUAAAUAUUUGUUUUUAUUUCAUAAGUAAAUGGUUAUAAUAUCUCUAACUCCAAUAUAUGUAACAAAAUUUCAAAUAGCCAAUCGGCAUAAGUUUAUUGUAUAUGAUAUUAGUUUGUAAGUAUAUUAGCUUUUAAACGGAAAGAAGGAAGUAAAAAAAGUUUCUUUUAUAAACCACAUCUAUUGAUUAUAAAUUAAAAUUUUAAAAUAUAUCUGUUAUUUUAAUUUUGACAAAAUUGUGCAAAAUGUUCAAUAGUUUUUGGGAAAAAUGUACAGGGAGAAAAUAACAAUCGGUAUAGGUUAACACGGCCUUAAUAUUUUCAAAGCUGAAUUUUAUAAGAACAUUUUACCUGUAAAAAAAUUAACAAUGUUUGCAAACAAAACUAUUUAAUGAUUAAUUUGUGUAUAUUUUUGUGAAGCUUAUAAUUUUUUAUUCAUUGUACUGAAUUCUAAUGAAAAGUACUAAGUAUAUCUGGUUAAAUGAACAAUUCAAAAGUUUUCGGAAAUAAAUCCAACAUCUUGCAAACAUUUAUUCUCAUAUUCAUGUAUAAGAUGAUUUACAAAGUAAGUUUACACUCAUUUUUUUGAAGUUCAGAUUUUUGGAACUAUAUUUAAGGACCAUAUUUAAAAAAAAUAUUUUAUAUUAAAAUCAAUGUUUAAACGAGUAGUUCUUAAGUUAUUUAACUUAGUGUAGGUACUAAUUAAUAAAGAUAGUUGGUUCAUUCGAUAGUUUAUAGGUUAGGUCUAUAAUGAUAUUUUUAACAUUUUUGUAAUUAAUAUUAUUUAUCUAUUAACACUAGUAAUUUGUAAAAAUAAAUACUAGAUACAGCAUUACACAUAUUGUAUAUAUUUUCGAAACCAUUUUUAAGGACUAUUAUCCCCAUAGUACCUACAAGUGUAGAAGUAUAUAUAUUUUAUUCUAAUUAAAAAACUACUAAUUCAAAUUUUAACUCAGAUAUAUCAAAAUUUGUAAUAAAAUCAUUUACAAUCUGCAGUGAAAAAUGUUGGAUACUUUAAAAAAAAAAAGUUUGUACCAUCGUAGGACACUACUUAAAUAAUAUUUAUAAAAAAUCUAAAUAGACGAAAAUAAUGUCCUUAAAUAUAAUAAUUUGAUUUAUUGAUUAAUUAAUACAAAUAAUUUUUAAUUAUUAAUAACUUUAUAAUUUCAGGAUAAAUGAGAGUAAGCAUGCUUGGUGAAUCAUCCUGUAUACUGUAUAUAUUAUAAUAUUAUAUAAGUUUACAGAUCGACAAAAGUCAAUUUUUACGAUCAAGUUUUCAGAUUUUUAAUGAAACAUAUUUUCUAGUGUAGAUAAUAGGUAUGCAUAAUAUAAAUUAUCAUCUGUAAAUAUACGUAUAAUAAGAUAUUCAGGUUGAAGUUUUCCAUGGUAGUGUUUUCUAUUAUCGGUUGCUGUCUAACCUCGUUACCGAUGGAUUUUUUAGUAGGAAUAACGUAAACAUACUUGAAGGAAUGAUCUCAUGUAUAAAAGUGAAAGUUUUGGGGGUAAAACCAAUAUGGGGUAAUUUCUUUAUGUUUUAGGCCUGUACAUAAAUAUGUUCCUAAAAGCAGGGACCAAAAAAUGGGUCGACAAACACUUAUUAUAUUAUGUACAAGAGGAAUUGUCCAAGGUGACAAAAUAAUUUUUUUUUUUUAUAAUUUAACUCUUGUACAAAGCAGCUUUAUGAAGAGGAGGGCAAUGUGUACCAAGGUUAUUUUCAAUAAUGGAAUAUAAAUAUAAAAACAUUUAUCAUUAUCUUAGAUAUGCCCUGUAAUUCCUAAUAACUGCCGUGAACAAUUUUAACAAUUUGAAAUGUUUACAUUUUAAGAUUCAAUCGAAAUGUAAUGUAUUUAUGUAACUGCCCAAAUAAAAAAUUAUUAGUUAUUACAUUACUUACAUUACAUACAAUUAAAAAUGGAAAUUUUAUCGAAUUUUUCUUUUUAUAUUAUACCAUACAACUACCAUAAUAUAAAUUAAAUGACCAGAUUGAACACCUAUUUGCCUACAUAGAAGUUAUUUAGUACCUACCAUAAUAUUAUGUCAUCUGACGCAUGAUGAGUUAUGAUUUGUUAUAUAAAUAUGAUUUACAAUUUAUAUGUAUAAUAUAAAUUGAAUGUGAAUUUAAUAAAAUCUAAUCAACGAUAUUAAAAUAUACUAUAAUUUAAAAGCUAUUCUAUUUCAAAGUACUUAUACUGUUAUAAAUAAUUAUAAACAACAUGUACUUUUAAAUAAAAUAAUUUUUUUUAUUAGUUUGAUAUUCUUAAGAACCGUGUAUAAAUUAUAUUAUUCAUAAAAUUUGUACUAUUGUAAAAAAAAAAAUAAAUGAAAACAAAACAAA